AUGAAUAAUUAUAUUAAAUUAGAUGGAGGAUCAAAACUCUAAGAUUUAAUCGAAUAGAUUAGAAGAAUGGAUUCCACUCUUUCUGAGGCUCUUAAUUAAAGAAACUAAAAAUUAUAAAAUAAUGAAUCAGUUCAUUUGGUAAUUUCAAAUUACAUUUUCUUAGUUUGAUAGGCAACUGUAAGCAUAACUAGACCUCAUAAAUGAUUCUAUUAAAUCAGCAAGAAUUUUAUUAAAUUAAUCAACUAAUCUGUAUGCUAUGUAAAUCAAAUAGAUCUCCACACGAUAUCUAAAAAUCAAAAAAUUUAUUGGAUGAAUUUUAAAAUAAAUCUGAAAAAUUUAGAAAAGCAUUAGAAAUCAAAUCAGUUUUUAAAGCAGUACUAAUUCAAAAUUUUUAAAUAUUAAUUUUAGGAUAUUCCAGAAACUAAAAUAGAUUAUACUUCUAAAUCUAACGUUGAAAUGGUUUAGGUGCAAAAAUAACUUGUACAAAAACAAAAUGAUACCAUCGAUAAAAUGAUUGAUACUACAGGAAGAAUGUAAGUUAAUGCUAAGAAUAUUAAUUUAGCAUUAGAUGAGGAUAAAGUUGUUUUAAGAAGAUUGAAUGAAAAUGUAAAAGUAUCUCUUAUUUUAGGUGGAAUAAGCUACUCAUGAAAUCAAAGUUACUGAUUCAAAUCUUAAAAGUUUAUUGUCAUACACUAAUGAUUGUUGCUUAUGGACAACCAUUAUUAUAGAAUUUAUGAUUUUUGUUUUUCUUGUUAUAUAUUGA